AUCCGUGACUCUUAACAUUCCCACAAUUAACUUAGCACCAAUUAUAUUACCUCUGAUUUUUGCAAGGAUUUCUCUAUGUCCAUUGACACAGUCAUUUAGUUCUAGUGAUUGGUAGUGAGGAUGAAUCAGACAGUGUUUCGACAUCAAUUGUAACAAUUUUGUUGUUCAACUGCAACUGCUGUACAAGUUCACUGUUUUGUAAAAUCAAGAGCUGAGUGCAGCAGUAAUGGAUUCUGCGGCGGCAGCAAAUGUUCCAACCUCACCAUGGGGAAAGCUGAAGCAACCAACAGAACCAGUUUGUCUGGCAGAUAUUAUGUCCGAAGAAAUGGCGAAAGACUUGCAUAACAAAGAAGAAGAACGUUGUGUUAAACACUUGCUUGCAGAAUCUGAGCCAUUGCCGAUCAUAGACUGUCCUCUAGGUUGUGACAGUGACCACAUGAUUGCACAAAUGUUGCAGGUUCAGUUUGAUAAAGAAUACGACAGCAUGCUUAAGAGGACAGAAGAUAAGUUUAAUGGUUCCUCAAAAGUAUGUAUAUCAUAUUCAAAUUAUCGUGUCAUUCCAGAAAACCUCAUAUAUGACAGUUCCUCUGAGGAUGAUGAUGAUGACAAAGGUCAAGAAUGGGACAGUUUUGUAUGUACAGAGAAGGCUUUCAGAGCCAUGCCUAAAUGUGGGUACAAGAAAGAAGGUGAUGAAAUGGUAACUAAACAUGAUAUGGCAAUGUCUGGUCGCCGAAAUGCAUGUCGUGUAAUGGAAUUUCCUCCAGAGUUCCAAACAGGAGAUGGUGGUGGCUUUGAUAUGCAGCUGUCUAAUAAAGUAUUCAACAGCCUGAAAGUCCACUCACGCAGUGAACAGUCUCGCAGGCAUCGUUUACAUGAUAAGACUGAACAAGCAACAGCAGAAAUGUGUGUUGAUGCCCGUACCCGUUUGCUACUCUAUCGUCUUGUGAAUCAAGAGGUAUUGGACAGAAUCAAUGGUAUCAUUAGUACUGGUAAGGAGGCUGUUGUUCUUCAUGCUGAUGGUGGAACUGGACAAGACUGCGUUAUACCCAAGGAGUGCGCUAUCAAGAUUUUUAAAACAACUUUGAGUGAAUUCAAGACUCGAGAUAAAUACAUACAGGAUGAUUACAGAUUCAAAGACAGAUUCUCAAAACAAAAUCCCAGGAAAAUUAUACAUAUGUGGGCAGAAAAGGAGAUGCACAAUCUAAUGCGAAUGCGUAAAUAUGGCAUUCUUUGUCCAGAGGUUGUACUUUUAAAGAAACAUGUCCUGUUGAUGUCCUUUAUUGGAGAAAGUCAUAAACCAGCUGAAAAGCUAAAGGAAGCCUUCCUGAAACCUGCUGAUUUGGCAGAAGCUUAUGUGCAAACUAUUGCAGGAAUGAAAAAACUGUAUAAAUAUGCUCAACUGGUGCAUGCAGAUUUGUCAGAGUACAAUAUUUUAUGGCACAAUAAGAAGUGCUGGUUCAUUGACGUCAGUCAGUCUGUUGACUGCAACCAUCCCAAAGCACUUGAAUUCCUAUAUAGGGAUUGUGUUAAUGUUUCAAGAUUUUUUAAAAAGAAAGGUGCAGAAGAAACCAUGUCUGCAGAGGAAUUAUUUACAGAUAUCACAGGUCUGUCAGUGUCUGAAGAUGGUGUUGAAGUACUUGAACAGGUUCAGAAUUUUGAGCGAAGUGAGGUGUUGCUAGCUCAUGAACAGACAGAGAAACAUUACCCAUUUGAGUAUUGCUGGGACCAGUCGAGAAAUGAGUAGUAGAGUGAUUUUUCAUGUAUACUGUGAACUGGUGUCUUCCGUAUACUGCUGUAAAUUAUCCAGUUAUAGGAUUACUGAACAUUUAAAGAAAUUUGAUUUGUGUGUAUUGGUUUAAUGUUAUGCAGUCUUGGCCACUAGUAGUGUUUGUGAACAAACCGCAAAUAAAUAAAUGUGGUUAUUAGUAAAAUGUUUGGUGUUAUCAGUUGCUCAAAGUUGAACCCUGAACAUCUCAUGUAAUGGAAGUUAUUGGCUUGUAAUAUUGUUUCUUGAUUAUUCUAGCAUUGUAAAACCAACAUAACCCGUAUGUUUAUGAACACUGUGCUUUACAGUACUUGUUGAGCCAGAUAAUGUCUGUCCCACAAAACUGGAUUUUAAAAUAUUGUGCCUUAUAAUUAUGCAGUGUAACACCUCAUGUUUUUUAACUUCUUUUAGAGAUAGUAAGUAGGCCUUUAUGGUAUGCAUUGGUGGUAAAGUUGUCUUUGAAUGCUAAAGCUUGAAUAUCCAAUCUGUAAAUAACUUUGUAGGAUUUGAGGUUUUCACAGCGGUGAG